AUGGGAAGUGACGUGAUACCUGCCGAAGCGGGGACGUACGUCACACAACAGCCUUCAUCGUUGGCCGUGUUAAGCGGAGCACCGGGCAGACGAAUGCCGAGAUGGCGAAUCAUUUUGUGCACGGUAGCAAUGGCAGGGGUGCAAGUAUGCUAUGCUGCACAGAUCAACCAUGGAACGUCCGAGCUUCUCCUGCUUGGAAUGUCAUCUCGUUUGGUGUCAUUGGCGUGGCUUGCAGGGCCCUUGUCAGGUCUUGUGAUGCAACCACUUGUAGGGCGUUUGUCUGAUCGGUGCACAAGCAGACUUGGCCGACGUCGCCCUUUUCUCAUCUUAGGCUCUAUCUUGACCUCUUUAUCGUUGCUAAUGUUCUCAAAUGCAGAGCUCCUGGCCGGCGUUUUCGUCGAUGGGUCGAAAACAAAAUCUGUCGCCUUGUCAAUUGCGAUUGUUGCUUUCUUUCUCAUGGACUUUUCCAUUCAGAUCGUGCAGGCACCAUUGCGGGCUCUUGUUACUGACGUCGUCCCUAAGAAGCAACGAGCGCUUGCAAAUUCUUACAUUGGCGUGUUCUCAGGCGUAGGACUACUUGUUGGUGGAUUGCUCACUUCGAUUAGUCUACGGCGAAUAUUGCCGGUGUUCCGUUCGGAUGUUCAGGCUCUUUUUUUCGUCGCAUCGGCCGUCCUUUUGAUUGCAGUCACUGUGUGCGUGAUUUCAACGAGGGAGGAAGUGGUACCGCGAGGGGCUUCAUACGCGCCGUUGUCCUCACCAGAAGAAGAACAAGCGGAACGAUAUGCAAGGCAGCGUAGGCCCCCGCUAGAGGGAUUGCGCAGAGUUCCACGGCCUUUCUGGCAGGUAUUUACUGUGCAGCUUUGUACGUGGGUUGGAUUCUUCACACUGUUCGUGUACAGGAAUGCAUGGGUUGGUCGAAAUAUCUAUCUCGGUGAUGGGAACGCUUCUAUGGGUUCGGAAGAGCGCAGAGUGUUUGAAGAAGGUGUUCGCCUCGGAGGUAGGGGUCACGCUCUGAUGGCGGCGAUUACGCUCGGAUACUCGCUAAUAUUGCCAGGGUUGCUGAGGUGUUUCGGGGUCGUGAAUGUGUACGCAUUUUCGCAAGUUGUGGAAGCGAUUUGCCUCCUUGUCGCCCCUCUCAUCCGAGGCAUGGAGGGUCAAGAGUAUCCAGGUGCGGGUCUUCAAGCCGCGACUCUCAUUGACAUCGGGAUGUUUGGUGUUGUGUGGGCGACGACAAUGGGAGUGCCUUGGACAUUGGUUGGGGAUGCACUGGAGUCUGAUGAAUGGUAUGCAAGACGCGUAGGACUAUUUCAGACGGUAUUCAACGCAUCGCAGAGCUUCCCUCAGCUGGUAGUUGGCGCGGCUAUUGCGCCCGUGGUGCUGAUUAUAGCAAAUGACGAUCCGGCGUACGUGAUGUUUGCGGGAGGGUUGUUUGCAUUGUGUGGCGCAAUAUUGGUUGUGGUGCUGCGAGUGAACGUUUUCGAGGCGACGGAGAAACGGGGGAUGCGGCAUUUGAGGAACAGGGAUGAAGAUGCGUGGGGAUUUCUUUCCUCGGAUGAGGAAGACGAGAAUGGGGACAACGCAGGAGGGUUUUAGCAGCAGGACUGUCACGUUGACGUUUCUUUGUUCGCCAUGAUUGCGACUGUACCGUAGUCUAGCACUAAUACUGUAGCAGGUGUUGGUUUCAAUUGUUACACUGGUUACACGGCGAGGCUGAGGUUAGAUUAGCGUUCAGAUGGGAAGGUAGAUUGAUUGCGCGUCGGCUGUACAUUUGGAUGAGGGAAGAAGAGAUGGGCAUUUUGGCUGUUGCGGUGCCGGGCGCAGGUGCGAGGCACACCACAAUAAGAAUACAGCCAUCUCAUUUUUCUGCAUACCUGUAUGUUGCUCGAAUUCACAUGGGGAGUACAAGGGUAUACCAUACCCAAAGAUACCGUCAGAGGGCGAGCUAGGAUCUAGCAGAUCUUCCCUUCGAAGGAUAUACUGUAAGGGUGACCCCACCGCCAACAAAAUUUCAGUCCUAAAAUUCCAACUACUAAAGUUUGGACCGAUGGAA